AUGGAAAUUAAAAAUAUCCUUGUUUUGAUGGCAGGAGGAAAGACUCGGACGAAGGACAAAUACAGAGUGGUGUACAGUGAUGUCCAGCGCUUGGAGCUGGAGAAGGAAUUUCAUUUCAGCCGCUACAUCACCAUCAGACGGAAGGCGGAGCUCGCGGUGGCCCUGAGCCUAUCAGAACGCCAGGUGAAGAUCUGGUUUCAAAACAGACGAGCCAAAGAAAGGAAAAUGAACAAGAAGCGACUCCAGCAGGCUGAGCAGAGCUCCACAUUCACACUGGUCAGCGCAUCCGGUCACGCAAACACCGCCAUGGUCAGCAGCACCAAUAAUGGCUUGAUGACAGACAAUAUAUCGACGAGCAUCAAAGAGGAAUACUGAAAACUCUUCCAGACAGAAGGAUAAACAGUACAUGUUUACAUGGUUUCAGUGACGCUGAGCGCAGCGUUCAUAUUGCACUACACGAAUGACACGCAAACACGUUUUAUUGUGAAUAAGACGCACAGUAUUUCAAUUUUUGUAAAAAAUGAUGAUCUCAGAGUAUGUU